AUGCCUGGCGAGGUUGAGCAGCCCCCCUGUGUCCGUGGGACAGCCAAGGGGGACAGUGAGGGGGACAGUGGCUGCUGGCAGGAGAGGAGGAGCAGAGGGGGGCAGAGCUGCCAUCAGCUCUGGGAUGCUCCAGCCUCCGAGCCAGGUGAGCAGGAGGCACAGAUGGGACUGCUGGGAGAGAGACCGAGUGGGAGCUGCCAGAGGGACCCCAGGGGGCUCAGUGGGGAUGCACCACCACCCCCACUGAAUGGCAGCAGCCUGACCUCGGUGGAGCAGCCUGCAGCCCCUCCCAAGUGCCCUGGCUCUGCCCCAGAGCUGCCCCCCACAGCAGACAGCCCCACGGACAACUCCAGCCAGGAGUGGAAAGUGGUGAAGAUCCAACGGGUCCUCAUCAACCCUGACUUUGAGCCAAGGAAAACAGUGUCAGACAUCCUCAAAACCAGCGGCUCCUGGAUGGGACACAGGCUGGGAAGCUCAGCCAAGCCCUUUGGCUCACAGCUGCCCCAGCAGCAUCGUGUUUCAGGGCUCAGCACACAAACCAGAUGGACCCAAAUAGUCUUCCCAUUUCUCACUGCUCCGGGAUGGCAGAUCUGCGGUGGGGAAAGCCGGGACGAGAAGCGGCGGAGCAGGAACGUCGGGGUCGGCGGGGCGGCUGCCAGAGUGGCCGGGCGGGGAGGGACCCGUCCCGUGCUCUCGGUCGGUCUGUCGGGGCGGGCAGGGGCAGUGCCGGCAGGACCCGCCACCCCCCGGCCCCGGCCCCCGCCCGCCGCCCCCCCGGGCCCGCUCCGAGGGCGGAGCUGCCGCAACUUUCCUGCCCGCCGCCUCCUCCCCGGUGCAGUCGGGCUGCGCGGGGAGGCGGCACCGGCACCCGGCACCGCGGGUCUCUCCCGCAGUGCCAGCCUCUCGGAGAAGGAGCUGAAGGAGGCGAAGGCGCGGAGCCAGAGGAUCGCAGCUCAGCUCACCACGGCUCCUGGCCCCAGCUCCAAGGGUGUUCUGCUGUUCCACCGGCGCAGGCAGCGCGUUGAGGGGCUCUCGGGGGCCGGGCAUGGCGGGGGGCUGCCGCUGAGCCCCGCGGCCCAGCCUCACCAAGGGGUCAUGGAGGAGAGCCAAGGGCAGGGGAUGAAGCCGGAGCCUGCCCAGCCUGGCAAUCCAGGAGAAGGGAUGCUGGCAAACGCCUCCCCGUGCCAGGAGCUUCCUGCUGAAGCCCAGCAGAUCCCACUCAGCGUUUACCUGAAGGAGAACAUGGCAUCGGCUGCCACCAAUGGUGUGCAGGAGCGCUCAGCCAGCGGGCUGGAGAGAGGGGUGGAGGGGCUCGGAAAUGCAGGAGUCCCUGCGGGGCCGAACACAGCGGCGCUUGUGGUGGCACAGAGCCCCGGGGAGGGAAAGAACGUCAGUGUGCCCAGUGAGGUGCCCGGUGAGGUGCCUAGCGAGGUGCCCAGCGCUCCAGCAGGGACAGCCACAGCCACGGCAUCGCCAGCCGGGCAGCAGCAGAAUGGGACGCAGGGCCGGCAGUACUACGAGGUCCAUCUCACCCUGGCCAAGCCCAAGCCUGUGAAGAACCGGACGGCCAGACCCUUCGGCACCCAGGCAUCCCCCGCCAGUGCCCAGCCGGCCGAGGAGCCCCCUGCCCCCGAGCUGCCCCCACCUCCAACCUACGCAGAGACCCUCAGCAGCCCCCCACCCCUCACCCGUGUCCGCUCCCCCCCUGCCUACUCGGCCCUGUACCCCACCCAGGAGCAGAAGAUGCUGCCAGAUCCCCUCCUGGGCUGCGGGGUGAGCGGACCAAACCCCUUGCCCAAAACAGGGAUCCUGGAGGAGUCGGCUGCCCGCAGAGCCAGCAGAAAGUCCAUGUUCACCUUUGUGGAGAAGCCGAAGCUGGGCCCCAACCCCGACCUGCUGGACCUGGUUCAGAGUGCAGACAGCAGGAAGAAGCAGAAGGAGCAGAGGGAGCCCAGUGCUGAGGACGAGCCCUUUGCCCUGGGGGCUGAAGCUUCGAACUUUGUCCCCAACAAUGCAGCCAGGGGUGUGCAGCACCUGCCACCAGCUGAGGAUGCUCCGGCAUGGUCCUCCUGCCUCAAGUCUCCCACCAUCCAGCCCAAGAAGAAGCCACAGCCCAGCCACAUCCUCACUGAAGCGAGAGGGAAGGGAGCUGAGCUCUUUGCCCGCCGACAAUCCAGGAUGGAGAAGUUCAUCAUUGAGGCCCCCUCCCAGCCUGAGCUGCUGCGGUCCCCAUCACCCACCAUGUCCCUGCCUCCCUCCUGGAAGUAUGACAACAAUGCUUACCUGUCACCCAUGGUCUCCAGACGCCCCUCCAAGAGUCCCUGCAGGCCUUCCAAAACCCCUCCUGCAUCUCUGUAUGGCAGCAACCUAAUGGAGAACGAGGUGUCCCAGAAGGAGCUGGAGAUCUCCAAGCACCAGCCUUACCAGCUCCAGUCUUCUCUCUUCAUCCUCUCCCCAUCCAAGGGGCCAGCAAGGUCCAUGCCCCAGGAGGUGCCUCCACCCAGACCCUCUCUUCCCGACUCCUACCCCUAUCCCCAGCAAGCCUCCUGCCCGACCUCUCCAUUGCCUCCUUCCCCGGUUUGGCAUCCCCCCGUGAUGCCCAACGCCGGCCAGACCGCUGCCAGCCCCUUCCCCAGUGCUGCCGGGGCUCUGCCCCUGACUCCCGACAGCCGUGCCAGUCCUGGAGCCCCGGCUGAGGUGCUGCUGGCCUCCCCGUGCCGCCUGCUGCCGCCCCGGGCAAAGGCAGGCUUCCAGGCACCCCGGCCCUCCUACUCCACCAGGAAUGCCGGCAUCGAGCCGCAGGACAGGCGCUCGUCCCUCCCUGCAUCGCCCACCUGGACGCCCCGGCUGGCGCGGCGCCCGGGCAGCCUGGACGGCUGGGCCAGCCCGGCCUCGGUGCCCGAGCUGGAUGAGGGACCCCCCACGUCCCCUCCGUGGAGCGAGAGGUCCCUGUCCCCGCUGCGGCAGGACGCGGACCCCCGGGCCAGCCGGCAGAUGCAAGCGCGGCUCGCCAGGAACAUCAUCAACGCUGCCCGCAGGAAGAGCUCCUCUCCCAAAGCCGUGGGGCUGGAGAGCUCCCGGCCCUUCACCCCCAUCUCUGCCGGCCCCCCCAGCCUGCCCCAGUCGCCCCGGCUGGGGCCGAGAGCGCCGGCACUGCAGGUUGCCAGCAGCGUGCUGGGGAGCCUGGGCAGCCUGGGCAGCCCCUCGCCCACCCACAAAAGCCCCCUGCGAUCCCCCCGGGCAGGCAGCCCCCAGUUCUGUGCCUCCCCCGGGAUGCCCCGAGCCGCCUGGGCGGAGGGUCGCCGGCUCCUGCUGUCUUCCAGCGCGUCCUCCUGCCCCGUGCCCAGGCUGUCCCCCGUCCCCAAGAGCCCCCUGCCAUCCCCCGUGGUGGGCGGGCGCUCCCCGGCCAAGCGCUGCACCUCCCGGUCCCCGACGGACUCGGACGUCUCCCUCGACUCCGAAGACUCGGGGACCAAGAGCCCGGGAAUCCACAGCUUCAACCUCUGUCCCCGGGGCUGGACCAGCAGCCUGCGGCUGAAGACGGGGGGUCUGCCCUCAGGGGCUCCCUGCACCUCCUAGACAAACCAGCCCCCGCCAAAAAGCCCUCUCCCUCGACCCGCCAGCCCGGGUGAUGCCACCCCCUCACCCCCACCGGGAACACACCAACCCCAAAAAACUGUCCCUUCGGAGCUGCCACGGCCCCUCUGUGUGCCAGAGGGGUCAGGUGCCUUCCGCCCGCCCGCCAUCCCAUGGCCCCGCUCUAUUUUUACCUCCCUAACCUUUCGGGGCAGGACUGCGUGCUCAGCAGAGCGGGGCAGCCGAUCCCCCUCCCUCGGCAGUCCCUGCCUGCCCCAUCCCGCACAGCCAGGAUGGGAUGGGAUUGUGGUCCCCCGUGUCCCCGGCUCCCAGGUGUCAUUCCGGGAUGUCACUGCAGCUUUGCUUCCCUGGGGAGGCACAUCUGCUGCGGGUGGGCAGCAUCGACUGGAUGCCAUGACCAAGUUCCCUCUCCCAGCCUCUCCCAGCCUCUCCCAGCCUCUAGAUUUGGCCAGUGUCAAUUGAAACAAGAUUUUGGAGAAGAAAAUUUAAUUUUUAAUUCUAGUCCCCCUGUUCUUCACUGCCUUUUUUUUUAAACUUUUGACUCCUUCUCAAAGAAAUUCUCCCAAAUCCUUCUUUCCCUGGAGACAAAAAAGAGCCAAAGUUAUUUAUUGCCAUGUUAAGGGGACUGUUUACAGGUGCCCUCCCACCCUGCCCAGACCAUGAGGGACAGCCCCAUCUUGUACCUUUCACUGUCCACAUCCCCAGGUUCACCACAUCCCCAUCCCCACUCCGUUGGGAUGCAGGCACACACAGGAACCGAUGGGCGCUGUGACAGCCAGGGCAGGUGGGGAGCUGUAGGGGCUGAAGGAAAUGGUAGAAGUUGCGGAGGGUUUGAAGGAGGUGUUGGCACAGAAGGUGAUUCUGAGAAUGUUGGUGUCCCCACACCUUGGGGCCAGUGAGACCAGCCCUGGAAAAGAGGUUGUGUUUGGGCUGCCAGGGUAUAUCACCAUUCACGGAGCCCGUCACCCCUUCCCUUUCCCCAGGACAUGCUGUUAAAGCCAGCCCACCCCUGUUCCCUGGAGCACCUCCACACUGCAGGCUGCCCCUCCUGGAACACAGCCCCCCAUUCCCAGAACACAUCUCCCACCCUCGCUCCAGCAGCCACCACAGCCUGCCUUCACCUCACCGCUGUAUACCCCGUUCAGAAAUAAACUGCCGUUAUUCCACCCAGGCUGGCUCUGAUCUGUCCCCAAGGUGGCCUGGGCACACAUGGCACAUGGCCACCUCCUGCUGCUGCUACAUGUCCCCAGGGCUCAGCCCUGCUCCAUGCCAAGUGACAGCUCCUGCAUCUGUGUGGGUCAGCCCUGCUCCGUGCUGGGGUGAUGGUGUCCUGGUCCCCAAGGGUCAGAGCGCUGCUCCGUGCCAGGAUUAUGGCAUCCUC